AUACAUCAGAAUGGAUACAAAUAUGUAAAUGAUGAUGUGUUAGAUCCGAUUACGUUGCAGUUGUGGCCCGCGGAUUGCAGUUCCCUUAAUAGAACCAGAUCAGGUCUAGGUACUUAGGUACUUGGCAGUCGCAGCGUAACUCCGAUUAAGACUGGAGAUAACCUUGGAACUUGGAAACCUCCUGCCGGGCAGUGAUAACUCGGGAUAGGCUUUGUAGGUAGUUAUUAAAACUGCUAUCUUCAACAUGGACGAGAAAGCAGCGCUUAGUGCCGACGAUGCAGCACCCGUUCGCUCUCGACCGUCAUUUGCGAGGAAAGCAAUCCUCAUUGCUACAUCCCUAUUGGUCAUAGGCACAUUGCUACACCCAACCUCGCGAUGUCAUCACCCAUUGUCGAAAGCCUAUGAUCGCUUUAACCCGAAGUCUGUUGAGCAGAGAGUCCAAAAGAUCCUUUCAGAAACUCCUUUGAUAGAUGGCCACAAUGACUUAGCCAUUUUCAUCCGGUUUAUGUACAAUAACCAUAUUUAUAAUGAAACCUUCACAAAGCCGUUCGAAGGGGGUGGUUUUCCAAUGCACGUCGACCUCCCCAGGUUGAGGGAAGGGCAAAACGGAGGUGCUUUCUGGAGUGUCUUCACGCCGUGUCCCGCAAAUGGCUCGGAUUGGUCCGAUGAGAACUACGCUCCUAGCGUUCAGCUCACUCUACAGCAAAUCGACCUUAUGACCCGCCUACAGAGUGCUUAUCCGAAUGAAUUUUCUGGAAUUCCAUUGGACUCUAAGUCUGCUGUAGAGGCAUUCAAGAAGGGCAAGUUCGUCUCACCCCUGGGAAUUGAAGGUCUCCACCAAAUCGGCAACUCGAUCGCCAACUUGCGGCGCUACCAUGCCCUGGGAGUCCGCUAUGCCACGCUGACACAUAACUGCGGUAACAAAUUUGCCGAUGCGGCCCUCUGGGAAAAUCCAUUCGGCAAGGCUCCCCCGGUCUGGGGUGGUGUUUCUCCCAAGGGCAGACAGCUAGUCAACGAGAUGAACCGCAUCGGUAUGAUAGUCGAUCUAUCCCAUGUCAGCGUGGACACUAUGCGGGACGUCCUCGGUGGUAGCGAAGGGUGGGCAGGCAGCAAAGCUCCCAUCAUGUUUAGCCAUAGCUCUGCUUUUUCAGUGUGUCCGCAUCCUCGCAACGUGCCCGAUGAUAUACUUCAACUCGUGAAAGAGAAGAACUCGAUCGUCAUGGUAAACUUCGCUCCUGAUUUCAUCAGUUGUGUCGAUAAGGGGGCUGAGAACGGCGUCCCCGAAUUCUUCCCCGAGAACAAUACCCUGUCCCAUGUGGUCGACCAUAUCGAGUACAUUGGUAAUUUGAUUGGAUACGACCAUGUUGGCUUAGGAAGUGACUUCGAUGGUAUCCCAUCCGCUCCCGAGGGUUUGACCGAUGUCUCCAAGUACCCGGAUUUAAUCGCAGAACUACUGCGCCGUGGAAUCUCCGACGAGGACGCGGGCAAGAUUGCAGGUGGUAACAUACUACGGGUCUGGGGAGACGUUGAGAAGAUAGCCGCAAAGUUGCAGGCAGAAGGAGAGCCUGUGCUGGAGGAUGACUUGGAAGAACUACGCGAAGUCGAAGUUUACUACUCUAGCGAGUCAGACUAAGCGACUCUGCAUGAUCCUUGACGUCUACUUCUUGUAUCCCAUGAUGCUUUACUGGUAAAUUAGCCUGCGGUCAUUUUCAAUGGGGUAAGCGACCCUCCAAAAUAAUUGAUCAGAUGUCACUACCUACCUAAAUACGUAGUAGUAAUUAAAAUAGUCAUAUGUCAUUAUACAGACAUGGGGCAAUAUGAUCAAAUUGGUAAGUUUUUAGUCGUUUAAGAUA